AUGAGCCGCGCCCGAUCACAGACCAUGGCUGGGGCCUCCCUUGCAGCUUUGGCCAAUAACCGUGAUGGCACAACCUCCUGUGCCAAAUCAUCCCACUCUCAAUGCGCCUACAUCACCUUCACCCUCGCCCUUGUAUUAUCCGCCCACACCACGUGUUCCAACAGCCUGCCUCGAACGCCUGCCGUGCGCAAUCUCCAAACGGGCGAUGUUCUCUGCAUUCAACCUGCGCCGCAAAGCCGAGAAGAUGCCGCAUCCACCGACAUGCCGCCCUGGGCAGAACUUUUCCCCGAAGCUCAAACUACAGAUGAUGCCGAGGCUGCUUUUCGUCAGGCCUACACUGCCAAAUGGAAACGAGCUGAGGUUUUGGUCGUGACGAUCGCUCCCUUUUCGCGAUCCCGUCCCGGCGCGCCUACAACCGAUGCCCCAACCCCUUUUCCACCCGAUCUCUACGCUUGGCGACCCUAUGGAACCAAUUUACCAAGGUCUGGUGUGAAUCACAAUCACUCGCUCCAUGAACUGAUCGGAUCGCGGCAACUUGGCUUUUGA